AGUGUACUGUCUCCUGGGUGGAGACAACCACAAACAAAAUUACGAAUACGAAAAAUCUAUAUUUUUUGUUAACUUGGUGGAUAAAGUGAUGGGCAUAAGUGGUGGGCAGCAACUCUUGCCUCGUAAAUUGGCUGGUGGCCGACCGCGUCACCCACGCCCUCCCGCCCAGCAUUUCAACACACCGUGCUCUGGGGAACACCACCAGCCGUCACAAUCAACACACUGGCAACACAACACCAUCACAUCCUCGGCAACACACAGUCAUCGUUGCAAGGUAUUGGUGGCAGCAGUUAAGGUUGCGAGUUCCAAAGUCAAGUCAUCCUUAGCUGGAGGAGGACCUCUUCAUGCCAACAUUGUAUCAGAUAUCACAGACACCAGCUGAAGUGAGAGAUCACAAUAUCCCGGCUGUGUAAUGCUGAAGUUUAAGAAAUAAUUGUGGUACACGAAGAGGCUAAAACAAAACACAAUAUCAAGCCAUGGAUUCACUGGACAUGACCCGUCUAGAUUUUUACUCCAACUCCCAGCAGGUGACCAAUUGUUCCCUUACAUGUCCAAGGAACACCACCAUAGAGAAUGAGAUGUGGUGGGAAUCCGUCACAACUGCUGUGGUAACGAAGGAGUCAGUGGUGAUGACUGUGGCGUGUGUGGUGGGUCUGGUGGCCAACACCCUCGUUGUCUGUGUCCUGGCUGCCUCCAAGAAUGAGCUGAGCCUCGCCGCCAGGUAUAUUGUGAAUCGGGCUGCGGCCGACAUCCUCUUCCUGGUAACAGUUCCGUACGACUCUCGGGCACACCUACACAACUCCUGGGUGUUCGGCUCCUUGUUGUGUAAACUCCGCUCGGCACUCGUCCUUAUUGGUCCUGUUAUGAGUUCAGUCUUCCUGGUGGCUCUGAGUGGCAGCUGGUACGUUGAUACCUGCAUGGCGGGAGUCUCGGCCAAGCUCCGCUCGACCCUUGUAAAUGUAGUUUCCACCGUCUCUUGGUUCACUAUUUUACUCUUCAGCAUACCAACAUUUCUGCAAUCUGAGGUUUUCAAGGAGGUUCUGCAGGAACGUUUCCACUGUGUGUCUCUGCCCCUGUCUGAAGACGCCUUGCUGAGUCAACUCCUCCGGUUUCUUAUCAUAAUCCUGGUAUUUGUAGCCCCACUGGUGAUGUGCUGGGUGUUGAUGAGCCUAGUCAUCCCCGCACACACCAGUAGGCCCUGCACCCCUCCCGAGCACAGCACCUCACACAUGACUACAGACGAGUCAGUGCGCCAUUAUAGACUGCUCCUGUCUCUGUUGGUGACCUUCACAGCCUGUCAGCUGCCCUACUGGUUAGUGUACCUGGUGAAUGAGUUUAUACGAGGAGUCAAGCUUGGUGAAGCUGUGAUGCUGGCCUUCUCGGCAACGCUGUGCCUCCCCAGCGUCAACGCCGCCCUCAACCCACUGCUGUGUAUCUACUACCUGCAGGACCUCAGGAGGUGUGAGACCAAGGCUAAGACUACCCAGGAGCAGCCUCAGUUGAUAGCUCUAGUUGCUCUCUGACUUUACUGGCUCUCACGGUGUUCUUCUUGCCAACAUGUGUGUGCCUCUUCUGGCUGGCAAGCCUAAACUAGCCAGAUUGGUUUCCAACCAUCAACAUGAUUCCAUAGUGUCUUUGUCAGAAUUUUUAAAUCAUACCAAAUCACCGUAAUUGUUCUGAACAUUUAAAUACAUAAAUUGCAACAGUUAAGGAAAAAUGAUAGCCCAUCGAAUUAAAUAUGUAAAGUGAGAGAACUUGAAACAAACGCGCAGAGACAGUCAUACAGCAGAGACAGAGACGUUUACAGUAAAUAAACACAAUACCAGUUAGAUUAGAUUCCCACCCUGCCAUACCACAUGCAAGCCUGUCUUACCAACAACCACAGGACCAGGGCCUAGCACUUUACAACAGCCUUCUGAUAAUAUCCUAUCUGGCAACAGCAGUGAUCACACUCCACUGUCCCCCUUACUUGACAACAACAGCAGUGAUCACACUCUACGGUCCCCCUUACUUGACAACAACAGCAGUGAUCACACUCCACGGUCCCCCUUACUUGACAACAACAACAGUGAUCACACUCCACGGUCCCCCUUACUUGACAGCAACAACAGUGAUCACACUCCACGGUCCCCCUUACUUGACAACAACAACAGUGAUCACACUCCACGGUCCCCCUUACUUGACAACAACAGCAGUGAUCACACUCCACGGUCCCCCUUACUUGACAACAACAACAGUGAUCACACUCCACGGUCCCCCUUACUUGACAACAACAACAGUGAUCACACUCCACGGUCCCCCUUACUUGACAACAACAACAGUGAUCACACUCCACGGUCCCCCUUACUUGACAACAACAACAGUGAUCACACUCCACGGUCCCCCUUACUUGACAACAACAACAGUGAUCACACUCCACGGUCCCCCCUUACUUGACAACAACAACAGUGAUCACACUCCACGGUCCCCCCUUACUUGACAACAACAACAGUGAUCACACUCUACGGUCCCCCUUACUUGACAGCAACAACAGUGAUCACACUCUACGGUCCCCCUUACUUGACAGCAACAACAGUGAUCACACUCCACGGUCCCCCCUUACUUGACAGCAACAACAGUGAUCACACUCUACGGUCCCCCUUACUUGACAGCAACAACAGUGAUCACACUCCACGGUCCCCCCUUACUUGACAGCAACAACAGUGAUCACACUCCACGGUCCCCCUUACUUGACAGCAACAACAGUGAUCACACUCCACGGUCCCCCCUUACUUGACAGCAACAACAGUGAUCACACUCUACGGUCCCCCUUACUUGACAGCAACAACAGUGAUCACACUCCACGGUCCCCCUUACUUGACAGCAACAACAGUGAUCACACUCCACGGUCCCCCUUACUUGACAGCAACAACAGUGAUCACACUCUACGGUCCCCCUUACUUGACAGCAACAACAGUGAUCACACUCCACGGUCCCCCUUACUUGACAGCAACAACAGUGAUCACACUCCACGGUCCCCCUUACUUGACAACAACAACAGUGAUCACACUCUACGGUCCCCCUUACUUGACAGCAACAACAGUGAUCACACUCCACGGUCCCCCUUACUUGACAACAACAACAGUGAUCACACUCCACGGUCCCCCUUACUUGACAACAACAACAGUGAUCAUACUCCACGGUCCCCCUUACUUGACAGCAACAACAGUGAUCACACUCCAUGGUCCCCCCUUACUUGACAACAACAACAGUGAUCACACUCCAUGGUCCCCCCUUACUUGACAGCAACAACAGUGAUCGCUUCCCACGACUCCUCCACCUGCCAACAACGGUGUAAUCACUGGUCUUGUACAUGAAUUAAGUUACAUUUUUAUUGUCAUUGGAUGUAAGUAAUUUUGAGCGAGCCUUUAGAGGGUCAUGUAGCCUAGUGUCUGAUUCGUGUAAAACUUUGUUCUUGAGUCGUGUAUAGCCAUAUAAAACUAGCAUUUGAGCCACUUGGAAGUAGUCCGAGAGUUAACAAGAGCCAUUUCUAUUGUUAUUCAUAUUUACUCAGCUGUAAUUAUGGCAUUAUUACCUGGAAGAUCAAAUUUAAGCAUCAUUGUCGUUAGGACGGACGCGAGGCUUCCUAGUGACUUAGUAUUAGGCUCUGUAUUUGUAUAAUGCUUUCUUGAUACUUUGGUAAUAUUUGGGAAUUGUGUGUACUCACCUAGUUGUGCUUGCAGGGGUUGAGCUCUUUGGUGUGUGUGCAUGUAUACGUGUGUAUAUUCAUGCUUUAUCGUGACUGUUUUUUGUUUGAAAAAACAUCAGUACUAUACAUUUGUUAAACAUCUCCGAAGUCGUAAUAUCGCACCCCACAUUGUUGUAUGUGUCAGAUAUAUCCUGCUUUCAGCGUCUUUGUAUCAUAACAUUAAGCAUUCACAUGUGAAUGAGCUUUGUAGCAUUAAAACAACAUAUUU